CCGCCGCGCGCUCUCUGCCGCGGGGGAGCGGGAACAGCACCCAACGCUCCCGAAGGGCCGCCGCGCGCCACGGCUCACCGCGAGCCCUCCCUGCUGCUGCGCGCACGCUCCCGUCUGGUCUCCAGCCCCGCCGUGCGCGCGACCGGCUGCAGUGAUUGGAAUUCAGCUCGUGCCCGCCCCGCCCGCGCGUUUCAGGGACGGGCCGCGCCGCGAGCUGCUGCCGGGACAGAGCCUGCGCUGAGCCCGCGCCGCUCCGUCCCGCCCUCGCCCCUUCGACACGCACCCGCCUACGCCCCCGUCUCACCGGAGCCGUCGGGGCCCUGGAACGGCCCGCCGACCACGGCGGGGAGCGGGCCCCCUCUCCCUUCGCCUUCCCUCCCGCCGCGGAGGAUGAGGAGCCCCCACCGCCGAUUAAUAGAAAUAUGCAUUUCCAUAAUACCACCUUUGAACUAAUGAAGUGGAAGUACAGAUGAAAACAGUCUGGAGAAAACUUGAAGUACAGUACAGCUUCAUUCAGUUUCCUAAUUCUGAGGAAACAGCUGGAAAAGUUACAAAAGCAUCUUUGCAGUCAAGCACCAAAUCUUGUAUUGUGCUUCACCAGAGGAAGCUUAGCAUUUGUCAAGUAGAAGGGCCGAUUGCCUUCACAGGAAGGAUUAAAAGUAAACAAUGACUCGAUUGAAAGUUUAUGAGAGACUGCUUGGAGCCUAUCUGCUUAUCAUUCUCCAUGUUCAAGGUCAAAAUCCAGAAAGCAUGCUUCAUGGCACAGGAAUGAAAACAAAUCCUGAUCAAAAGAAACAAGCAAAUGGAGUAACACUUGCUCCAGAGGACACCUUACCCUUCCUUAAGUGCUAUUGCUCAGGACAUUGUCCAGAUGAUGCUAUUAAUAACACAUGCAUAACUAAUGGGCAUUGCUUUGCUAUCAUUGAGGAAGAUGAACAUGGAGAACCUACGCUUGCUUCUGGCUGCAUGAAGUACGAAGGUUCAGACUUCCAGUGCAAGGACUCUCCUAAAGCACAAUUACGUCGAACAAUUGAGUGCUGUCGGACUGAUUUCUGCAAUCAGGAUUUACAACCAACGUUGCCACCACUUGAUAGCACAGACGGACUGUUUGAUGGCAGCAUUCGUUGGAUGGCAGUGUUGAUUUCUAUGGCAGUCUGCAUAAUUGUCAUGGUCAUCUUACUCAGCUGCUUUUGUUACAAGCAUUACUGUAAGUCAGUGGCAAAGAGGCACUGUUAUAAUCGUGACCUGGAGCAAGAUGAAGCAUUUAUUCCAGCUGGGGAAUCCUUAAAAGACCUUAUUGACCAGUCGCAGAGUUCUGGGAGUGGAUCGGGACUACCAUUGUUGGUUCAGCGCACUAUUGCCAAACAAAUUCAGAUGGUGAGGCAAGUUGGAAAAGGACGAUAUGGUGAAGUGUGGAUGGGCAAAUGGAGGGGUGAAAAAGUUGCAGUCAAAGUGUUUUUCACCACAGAAGAAGCCAGCUGGUUUCGAGAAACAGAGAUUUACCAAACUGUUCUAAUGCGUCAUGAAAACAUCCUUGGCUUCAUAGCUGCAGAUAUUAAAGGCACUGGCUCCUGGACACAGCUUUACUUGAUUACAGAUUAUCAUGAGAAUGGAUCAUUGUAUGAUUUUCUGAAAUGCACUACGCUAGACAACAGGGCUCUCCUCAAGCUGGCAUAUUCUGCUGCAUGUGGUUUGUGCCAUCUACACACAGAAAUUUAUGGGACACAAGGCAAGCCUGCUAUUGCACAUAGAGACCUGAAGAGUAAAAACAUCUUGAUAAAGAAAAAUGGAACCUGCUGCAUUGCUGACUUGGGUCUUGCAGUCAAGUUUAACAGUGACACGAAUGAAGUUGAUGUUCCCUUGAAUACUAGAGUGGGAACAAAACGCUACAUGGCUCCAGAGGUCCUAGAUGAAAGCCUGAAUAAAAACCAUUUCCAACCAUACAUCAUGGCUGACAUAUACAGUUUUGGGCUGAUCAUUUGGGAAAUGGCUCGGCGCUGCAUCACAGGAGGUAUUGUUGAAGAGUAUCAGUUGCCAUAUUAUGACAUGGUGCCAAAUGAUCCAUCCUAUGAGGACAUGAGAGAAGUGGUGUGUGUCAAACGCCUACGCCCGGUAGUCUCAAAUAGAUGGAACAGUGAUGAAUGUUUAAGAGCAAUAUUGAAGUUAAUGUCUGAAUGCUGGGCUCAUAAUCCUGCCUCAAGACUCACUGCCUUGAGGAUCAAGAAGACACUUGCCAAGAUGGUGGAAUCACAAGAUGUAAAGAUUUGACAUAGUAAAUGAACAUUGGAGAGCAAAGCUGGACUCCUAGAUUUUGUCACUCAAACAUGGGUGAGACCUAUGUGGAAAGAGGAAAUAACUGAGAUUCAGUGUAUUUUCUCAGCACACUUCUACAGGCUGCUAAUCAAAUCUUUCAGUACUUCAUGGACUGUGGUACUGAGAGCCUCUGUACACUACAUGCUACAUAUAUGGACAGCCUUGAUAAAAUACACAUUUUGGUUUUGUUUGAGCUGCAUUGAGACUUCAGUCAUACUUAAUGAGUCUCCAGUAAAAACUCUGGGUACUGAAUUGAAUGUUCAGGUUACAGUGCUUUCUGUGAAAGCCUAACAAGCUAUAUGGAUUCAACAGAGAUGGAGGAUAUAAGCUUUUUUUUGCUUUCUACCUGAUAAAACCUAGUCAAUCUAUACUAAGUUUUUGUGAAACAGCCUUUAGGUUAUGAAUUUUUUUGUGAUACUACUCAGUUUAACAGUUCCUUAUGCCUUUAUGUGUAUGCCAGGAUUUUUUUGCUGUCAUAUGGAAUAGGUAAGAAACAAUUUAAAUGAACAAAGUUUUAUGGUCAGAGCUCCAUGUGUUUUGUGGCUCUGCAACCAGGUAUUUGCUACAGAAUUUACUCAUUGCCAUCAUCUUCCAAAAUCUCAGUUUUAACUUGAUUUCUGUUCUUGUUUUGGUCACAAGGAGAACUGCAAAAAAAUGUGAAAUACUAAUAAAUUAAGGAAUGCCUACCUUGCUUGAAACAAUCUCUCUAGAGGUAUAGACUGCCUUGGUCAUCUCACUUACAAUAUAGUGGGCUUCAUAAUUGGAUGACUAUGAAAUCUGCCCUAUUGUUCACAAUGCCACAUGCAACCAGAGUUUUUUGCUAUAAAAUACUUUACAUCUCAACAGAAAGACCAUUGUUGAUG